AUGCCUCUCACGCGUCGGUCGUCGCCAGGAGGUUGCGCGCCAGAUGUGGCGGCACCCGCGCCGCGACCGCCAUACGCGCUAUCAUCCAGUCCGUGCCGAUCACGCCAUCGCAAGUCGCUCUCUUUGGACGACUCGGUUGGGUCAGGCCGACCUGCUGUCACCGCCUUCCCCACCACUGCUGUUUCUGAUGGUGGUGGUGAUGGUGGUGCCAUGGUUACUGAUGCUGCUCUAAUUGUGUCGGCAGUAGCAGGGGAAAGCGAGGCGGAGGAGGAGGAAGGGGAGGAUGAGGGGGAGGAGGAGGAGGCGGGUUCUUAUGCGAUGAUAUUCAGGCAGCAGCUUCGAUGGGGAGGGACUGACGGAGGCCCGUGGGGACCAGGAGGAGGGCUAGGAGGGCGAGUGGCCUCGAUUGGCAGUAGCAGUCGUGGGACCAUGCCUUCCUCUCACAUGGCCUCUCCAUCUGCUGCUGCUGCUGUUGCCGCUGCUGCUGCUGCUGGUGCCGGUGCUGCUGCUGCUGGUGCCGGUGCUGCUGCUGCUGGUGCCGGUGCUGCUGCUGCUGCUGCUGCUGCAGCAUGCGCUGGUGCGUCGCCGUUCACCUCUCUCUCCACUGCAAAGGGCCACCCGGUAGUCCGUGGAUGCGUCAUUUCCCCCAACCGCCUGCCAUCACAAUCACCACCAGCAGGAGGAAGAGCAGCAGCUGGUGGCCGUAUCAACAGUGGAUUUGAGGAAGAGAGCGGAGGUGGUAAGUUGGGAAGAGCCAGAACGGCUCCUCCUCGUUCCCAGCCUGUUGUCUCACCGCCUCGCCCCACAGCUCAAGUGGUGCUUGUCCCGAACGUGCUUCCGGACGUGAGCUCCAGGCUCGGCAGCACGAACCAGUGGCGGCGGAGGUGGGAGGAACGCAAGUUUGUGGAUGAACGAGGGAGGGAUGUGGGGAAAUGGCAAGGGGGGGCGGGAGGGGAAGGUGGUUGGGAUGGGGAGAGAGAGUGGGCAGGGGUAGGGAGUGAGGGUGUGGAUGAGGGGACUAAAGGGAGGGAAGGGGUUGAGAGAAAUGGAGGGAGGAGUGAUGGGAGGAGUGAUGAGAUGCUUGAUGGGAAGAGUGGUGGUGAGGCGUGUUGGGUGUGUGGGUCAUGUGACAAGUGGUGCAAUGGUGAUAUGUGUGAGAGUGACACGAGAGGGUGUAGUAACAAGGAUGGGACGGCAUGCCAGGGAAAGAUGGCAGUGGCGAGUGGGGUGCCUUGGUCUUGCUGUGAAGCAGAGAACAGUGAGGCGGGGAGGGGCAGCAAGGCGCGGAUGGUGGGAGAGGAGCAGUGGGGAGAGCGUGGUGUUCAGGAGGGGGGAUUAUGGGAUGUGGGAGGCGGGAGAGAGGCGGAGGAGGAGGAGGAGGAGGAGGAGGAGGAGGAGGAGGAGGAGGAGGAGGAGGAGGAGGAGGAGGAGGAGGAGGAGGAGGAGGAGGAGGAGGAGGAGGAGGAGGAGGCGGAGGAGGAAAAGGGAAUGGAGUUUCUUCCAUGGGGCAUCCAGGCGGGUGGACAAGUGAGGGAGGAGUUGGAAGAAAAGCUGAGUGGUGUGGAUUGGCUGUGUUUAGAUGAUAGGAAGGAGUGUAGCCGGGAGGGGUUUACCGGCAUGUGGAGGGAAGAGGAGGGGGUAGAGGAUGAGGAGGAGGAAUUCGAGGAGGAGGGGGAGAGUGAUGAAAAUGGUGAUGGUGAGAGAGGGGAGGAGGUUGAGGAGGAAGAAGGGGAGGAUGCAGAUCGUGAGAAGCCAUGGGGCCAGAUAGGAUCCAUGCACAGUGGGAAUAGAGCUACUGGUUCGGAGAACUCUCAAAGAGAAUUUGUAAGCGGUGGGGAGAGCGGGGACAGUAGGUGCUGUAGCAGCAGUAGGAGCAUUAGUUGCAGUGAGAGCAGUGAGGAGAGUGAGGCGAGUGGAGAUAGCGGGGACAGUGGAGCAGGCGAUGCUGAAGGGAGAGGGGAGUGGAGGAUGGUAGAUGCUGUGGAGAUGUUAGUACUGGAUAAUGGGGAGGAUGCAUGCUCGCGUGACAAUGAUGAUGAUAGUGAUGGUGAUGGUGAUGGUGAUGGUGAUGGUGAUGGUGAUGGUGAUGGUGCAGCAGAUGGGGAAGCAGAGGGCGAUGCUGAUGCUUAUGAUGGUAAGGAGGAGGAACUUGAUGGUGCAUAUCACGAAGCUGGCAGGGGGUUGGGCAGGCCUGGUUGGGGUACUGUGGGCGAUCAGAUGGGGGCAGGCUGUGCAGGAGUGGAGGACGCAGGUGGGGAGAAAGGGAGCAAGCGCAGGGAGCAAGGGAGCCGAGGUGGGAAAGAGAAGGGGAAGGCGAGGGAGGUGGAGUUUAAACAUGCAAGGGAGUAUGAUCUGCUGAGGCUGCUUAGUGGGAGUAGCUGCAGCAGAGGGAGUGGGAGCGAGGGGGAUGCACAUUGGGAGGAGGAGGGGGUGGGGGGGUUGAGAGUCAAGGGUGGCGGGAGAGGAGUGCAAGGGAUGGGGAGGGAGGGGAGAGGAGGAG